UGUUGUGGGAAUCCCAGGGAACCUGACCAUCCUUCUGUUUUUUUGCCAGAUGUCUAUAUCCCAAGGGAAAAUACAACAAAAUGAUGUGAUCAUCACCCAGCUCGCUUCUGUUAAUAUGGUUGUCGUUCUCUGCCGAGGCAUCCCACAAGCCCUCACUGCUUUGGGCUAUAGAAACCUUUUUAAUGACAGUGGUUGUAAGGCAAUCAUCUAUCUUUAUCGUGUCAGCCGGGCCAUGUCCAUCUGUAUCACCUCUUUACUAAGCUGCUAUCAGUGUGUGCUGAUUGGGCCCACCACCAGCAAAUGGCUCUUUCUAAAGCAGAGACUUCCUCAUAGUGUGCCAUACGUCGUCAUGUUCCUCUGUGCCCUAAAUUGUUGUGUAUGCUAUGCUGCUGCUAACUAUAGUUUUACUUAUUUCAACUCCACAAUUCCAGAAUUUACAUUGAAUCUUGAGUUCUGCAUUGUGAUUUUCCCCAGCUACCUGUCAUUCAUGGGAAAUGGUGUGCUUUACAUAAUCCGUGACUUCAUCUUUGUAGCUUUGAUGGCUACAGCUGGUGGUUAUAUCAUAAACUUGCUUUACCGUCACAGGAAGAAGAUGCAAUCCACACAGACAUCUGACCGAAACCAGAGGAAGACCGCUGAUGCAUCAAAGGCAGUGUUGGCUCUGGUUACCAUGUACGUGAUCCUGUUCAGCCUUGACAACAUUAUAUGGAUCUAUACGCUCAGUGUCUCACGAGUGCACCCCUCUGUAUCUGAUACACGGGUUUUCUUUGCAUCCUGCUAUUCUGCUCUCAGUCCCAUUUUAAUAAUUGCAACCAACAAGCGGUUUGCUACCAAGUUAUUUUGUACCCAGGCAACAAAAAAGGACCCAACGCCGUCGCCAGAAACCACCAUGUCUCAGUUACAGGAGUGAAGUCAGGAGCAAAAUUGCUGUGCAUGAUCAUCUAAAGCAGUUUGCAGCUGCAUUUCUUGUGGGUUUCCAGAUAAAUCAAGAUAGUUCAAAAUGCAGCUACCAGAAAGGCUUUUCAGCAGUUAGUAUGACUCGUUGCACCAAAAUCAAAAAAUAAAAAUCCACAAUCCAAGUGUUUUCAUUUUAACGGUUUUAGUAAAAUUUAAAACAAACGAUUCACAC